AUGACCAGAAGCUUCUCUAUUGGUAUGGAAUUUGAGAAGGAGGAAUCAUUUAGGGAAUGUUGUGAUAGUGGAAUGUUAUCUUCAAUGGUUAAAUUUAGUUGUCGAAGUGUGGGAGUUGCAAUUUUGGAGAAUUUUCCAUAUCUUGAGAAUUUGAAAGAGUUAAUAAUUGAUGGCAGUUAUAUUGGAGAUGAAAAUGCAAUUUAUCUUUCAAAGUUUAAAUGUUUAAAGAGGUUGAAUGCUUGCUCAUGUAAUUUGGGGCCAAAGAGUUUACAAUAUUUCUCAAAUUUGAACUCAUUAGAGGAGCUCACCCUCCCAUAUAAUAAGGUCAGUGGAGGAUUAUAUCAUUUAAAGAAAUUGAAAGGUCUGAAAAAGUUGGAUUUAUCGAAAAAUGUUCUAUCCAUGGAUGAUAUUGAACAAUUGAGUGAAAUUUCCAAUCUCAAUCAUUUGAAUUUGAAUGGAGUUGAUCUUGGAGGAAAGUGCAUGGAAUAUAUUUCUAAACUCCCCCUUAUUACACUUGAAUUGGAAGCAUCAAAUAUUGAUGAGAUUGGUCUGGGAAACAUUUCACAAAUUACCACUCUUUCAAAAUUGAAAUUGUUUGGAAAUAAUUUUGGAAGUGAAUCUUUACGUCAUUUAGUCAAACUUUCAAAUUUGAAAUAUCUAAGUCUUGCAUAUAACAAAAUAGAUGAUGAAGGAGUUGAAUAUUUAUCAUUGCUACAAUCACUCGAAUAUCUUUCUUUGAGUUAUAAUAAUAUAGGAAAUGAUGGAGUGCAAUUUAUUUCAAAACUAGAGAAUCUAUCUCAAUUAGAACUAAUCCGCAAUAGAAUAGAUGAACGAGGUGUACAAUUUAUUUCCAAAAUGAAGAAUCUGACAAAGCUUAAUCUUGGAGAAAAUCCUAUUCGAAAUAUUGGAGCUCUCUACCUAUCUAAAAUGAAACAGCUGAAAGGUUUAGAUUUGGAUGGCACAAAAAUUGAUGAUUUCAGUAUAGAACAUUUGUGUUUGAUGAAAAAUUUGCAAUAUUUAAAUAUUGAAAGAACUAAUCUCUCUGAAACGAAAGUAGAAACCUUGAAAGAAAGUUUGAAAUUAGUGAAAAAUCUAGAAUUGAAACUUCCUUACUUUGCCAAACCUCUCAAACCAAAGAAAAAGACAAGAGAAGAGUUGGAACAAUUCCAAUAUCAAACAUUAGAAGAGUUCAACUUUUAA